AUGAUUGGUGAGACGAAAAGUGUGGCAGAUGUUGAUGUUGAACGACGCAUGGCAACUGGUACAUUCAAAUACGUAACACCUACACCACCGGCCGUAUUCAUCGAUUCGACAAAUUUCACGAUAGACUUUUCUGAACGUAAGUUUUUACAUGUUGGUCUGGAUCAGACAAAGAAAUUCGAUGUGUCAAUUCUUAUAAUUACACCAUCACGCUUUGUUAAAAUAUCUACGGACUUCUUAAGACGUAUUUAUUCUUUGAUGGGGCAAAUUUUAUCGUAUAUUCUCGAUACUGCUGUUCAAUAUAAAAGGUUUAUUUUGCUCGAAACCGAGUCUAUUUCGAUCUCAAGUAUGGGAUAUAAAGGAGAAACCGUACUAGUUAUUGAAUCGAGAACCGAAAUCGGAUGUCGAAUUUUACUUAACCGAAAGGAUCUUAUGGUGAUUCAACAUUUGGAGACUAUUUUUGAAAGUGCGUCAAGAAAAAUAAGUUUUAUCAAACCUAUGGUACAAGAUCAAAUUGAGAAAAUUGCCGUACAUUUUUCCUUUUUGCAUAGUGGGAAAACAUGUUUUAUGGAUGACAUGAUCGCGAUUAUUGCAAGCAACCACGGUGAAAACAUACAAAAAACAAAACAUUGUAUAUUAAACGAGUUAAUAUUAUUCGCAACUCAGCAGAUUGCCACGCGUUGGUUUGAAAUAUAUAAAUAUAAUGUCAUCAACAGAGCAAAAGUCUACAACAUCUCUUGA